AUGGGCGCUUGCGUCUCCAAGACCAAAAGCGCCACAGAAGACGCGCCAGGCGCAACCAUUUCUCGCGAGAUCGACAAGCAGCUCCGCGAGGAGGAGAAGCGCCUCCAAGGCGAAGUCAAGCUACUGCUCCUCGGAUCUGGCGCUUCGGGCAAGUCGACCGUUCUCAAACAGAUGCGAUAUAUCCACGCCAAGCCCUUUAGCCCCGAUGAGAUUGAGGACUACCGUAAAAUUGUCUUCAGCAACAUUGUCGACGGAAUGCGCAGUAUCAUUGACACGAUGGAUGAGGAAGGUAUGCAGGUUGCGCAGGAGAAUCGGCCGUUUAUUUCCCUCGUCGACAACGAGUACCCGAUCAACUCGGGCGAACCAUUCCCCUUACACUACCUUCACGGACUCACAAGACUUUGGAACGAUCCCGAGGUUCAGAACUGCUAUGCACUGGCUUACGAGUUUGCGCUCCAGGAGAACAUGCCCUACUUUUACUCUGACCUCGACCGGCUAUUCGAGCGUGAUUACAAACCGUCAAAUGAGGACAUUCUCCGCGUGCGCUCCAAAACGACUGGUAUCUCCGAAACGCGCUUUGAGAUCAGCAACCUCACCUUCCGCCUCUUUGAUGUAGGAGGGCAGCGCUCCGAGCGGCGGAAAUGGGCAAGUUGCUUCGAGAACGUCACCUCGAUCAUCUUCCUUGCCGCUCUCAGCGAUUACAACUCAUGCCUCAUCGAGGACCGCGACAGCAACGGCAUGCAGGAGGCCCUCGUGCUAUGGGAGAGCAUUGUCAACUCACAGUGGUUUAUAAAGUCGUCGAUGAUUCUCUUCCUCAACAAAGCUGAUCUGCUCAUAGACAAGAUCAAGGAUCCGAAGCAGCAAGUCGCGAUGUGGUUCCCUGAUUUCACGGGGAAGCCGGGGUCGUUUAACGACGCGGUUGAGUACUUUAAGAAGAAGUUCCGCAGCCUCAACCACAACAUCAAUAAGGAGAUCUAUGUGCAUGUGACGACGGCGACGGACCAGCAGCAGCUAAAAGUUGUCAUGGCGGCGGUGACGGAUACGAUCGUGCGCAACUCGCUUCGCGACAUGGCGAUCUUGUAAUGUGAGGAGAACAGAGAGCAGAGUGAGGUGUUGUGUAAUGGAGAUGGUCGGAAGUGGAUAUGCG